AUGCCGGACCCCGUCACGUCGGGUACAAGCUCGAGCUCCAUGUCGCGACGAAACUCGCAAUAUCAGCUACCACCGACGACGGCCCUGCAUCCUUCAUUGGUGUCGGCGUCGGGACACCCGGCCACUGACGACCCAAUGGACUUGGGCAGGUCCAGGAGAACGGGUGCGGUUGUUGAUAUCGCCAGUAACGGUUCAUCCGUACUCGAUAUCGACCUAUUCACUUCCGUCAACGACGGCACAGGCUCUGAUAUGGCCUUCGAUUGGACAAAUCAACCGCGUUCGGCACUCGAACCCCUGGACAACCUCCUCCUCCCCUGCCUUUCACCCCGCUCAUUACCUCACAGCGACUUAGAAGAAGACAUAUCCCCCGCAGAGCUGAGUGCGCUGCACAAUCACUAUUUCGAGUCCAUCUACUUCUCCUUCCCCUUCUUGAACAGAGAUCGGUUCUUGGCAGAGUCCGCGGCCGGCGGCGGCGGCAGCAGUAGCAGCAGCAGCCCUGCAGUGUCCGCUCUGGUCUACGCCGUGGCCCUGGCCGGCUGCGCUCAUUCUCCAAAGGGCCCCGGCAAACAGUCCACAUGCUACAGUCUGGCACGCAACUACGCUGAGAAAUGCGGACGAGACGGCUACCUGAACGACCUCAACUUCCUACAGGCCCUGCUGUUCAUCGGCCGCUUCGAGGCCAUGGACCGAAAGCUGGAGAGGAGCUGGCUGACGCUGGGACGAGCCGCCAUGCUUUGCACGCUUCUGGAGCUGCCCCAGAUGGACCAGAGGGGCGAGGGCGGCGGGAUCCAAGACGGUGAUGGGAGGCAAAGUGGCUCUCGCUUGUGCUUGCCGCCUACGGACGAUUCCCGUCCUUUUGGAAGAGCGACGACGCACAUUUUGGGGGCUAACUUCCGAAUCAACCUGCCGUCCCCGGGCCUGCUGAGGUCCGAUCUAGUACCGCGGGAAAUGCCAUUCCUGUCAAACAUAAGCAGCGAGUCUGGGCACGAGAUCUCGUCUUACGCCGGCUGCGUCCUGAUGGUCGAGCUAGCCCUGCGCUGCUUCGACCACGGACAAGAGCGCGCCUCGGCCGGGUUCUGGGACGGGUACUGCGCUUUGGUCAAGACCACGGACGAGCUGUUCAGCCUGCUCAAGAGGCACCUCAACGCCACGCCCAUCCGCGGAGACCCGGUCGCCUUCAGCAUGUACCCUGAACCUGCGCGCCACCGAGAUCUUCUCGCACGAGGGCUGCCGCCGCUCAUGACCGCCGAGAGCCAACGACGCGCCACGGCCGCGGCGUUCCUGAUAUCGAGCGCGGUGCGCCUCAUCCUGCCGUCGCCGUGGAAGGCGCACAACAGCAUCAUCAUGCUGCAGGCCAUAUUCAUCGCGUGGCCUCUCACCAUGGCCCUCAAGGCCUUGUACCGGGAACUCGUGCAAGGGGGGAACCGCGAGACCUUGAACGGCGUCGUGGCUUCGUCGAGGUUACUCCUCGCCUUCUUGGAUCACAUUGAGGAGUCGGGAGGGCACUGGCACCAGUGCGUGGCCCAUGUCGAGGCGAAGCUCCAGGAAUGGAAUGAAAAGAACGGUUUCAACUCCUUGGCUGUGUAG